AUGGGCCAAAGCCUCAGGGCAGAGUUACUGUUCCCCCGAGACGUCGACUCCCACACUAUCCCCGGUACAGAGAGACUGUUACCCCAGAUACGUCUGACUCCCACACCUAUCCCCCCGGUUACCAGAGUGGACUGUUACCCCGAGACGUCUGACUCCCACACUAUCCCCCCGGGCGCGGGGGGCUACCAGAGUGAGUUACCCCAGAGACGUCUGACUCGCCACACUAUCCCCCCGGUACCAGAGAGAUCUGUUACCCCAGAACGGGUCCGCACUCCCACCACUGAUCCCCCCGGUACCAGAGAGACUGUUACCCCAGAGACGUCCGACUCCCACACUAUCCCCCCCGUACAUUUUUCGGUAACCAGAAGACUGUUACCCCAGAGACGUCUAACUCCCACACUAUCCCCCCGGUACCACAGAGACUGUUACGCCAGAGACGUCGACUCCCACACUAUCCCCCCGCGUACCAGAGAGACUGUUACCCCCGAGAGUCCGACUCCCACACUAUCCCCCCGGUACCAGAGUGACUGUUUACCCCAGAGACGUCCGACUCCCACACUAUCCCCCGGUACCAGAGAGACUGUUACCCCAGAGACGUCUGACUCCCACACUAUCCCCCCGUACCAGAGAGACUGUUACCCCAGAGACGUCCGACUUCCCACACUAUCCCCCCCGGGUACCAGAGAGACUGUUACCCCGAGACGUCUACUCCCACACUAUCCCCCGGUACCAGAGAGACUGUUACCCCAGAGACGUCCGACUCCCACACCUAUCCCCCCUUCCGGUACCAGAAGAGACUGUUACCCCCGAGACGUCCGACUCCACACUAUCCCCCCGGUACCAGAAGUGACUGUUACCCCAGAGACGUCCGACUCCCACACUAUCCCCCCCGGUACCAAGAGAGACUGUUACCCAGAGACGUCCGACUCCCACACUAUCCCCCGGUACCAGAGAGACUGUUACCCCAGAGACGUCCGACUCCCACACUAUCCCCCCCGGUACCAGAGAGACUGUUACCCCAGAGACGUCCGACUCCCACACUAUCCCCCCCGGUACCAGAGAGACUGUUACCCCAGAGACGUCCGACUCCCCACACUUAUCCCCCCGGUACCAGAGAGACUGUUACCCCAGAGACGUCCGACUCCCACACUAUCCCCCCCGGUCCAGAGAGACUUGUUUACCCCAGAGACGUCUGACUCCCCACACUAUCCCCCGGUACCAGAGAGACUGUUACCCCAGAGACGUCCGACUCCCACACUAUCCCCCCGCGGUACCAGAGAGACUGUUACCCAGAGACGUCUGACUCCCACACCUAUCCCCCCCGGUACCAGAGAGGACUUUACCCCAGAGACGUCCGACUCCCACACUAUCCCCCCGGUACCAGAGAGAGACUGUUACCCCCGAGACGUCCGACUCCCACACUAUCCCCGGUACCAGAGUGACUGUUACCCAGAGACGUCCGACGCCACACUAUCCCCCGGUACCAGAAGUGAUUGUUACCCCAGAGACGUCCGACUCCCACACAUCCCCCCGGUACCCAGAGAGACUGUUACCCCAGAGACGUCCGACUCCCACACUAUCCCCCCCGAAGUGACUGUUACCCCAGAGACGGUCCGACUCCCACACUAUCCCCCCGGUACCAGAGUGACUGUUACCCCAGAGACGUCCGACUCCCACACUAAUCCCCCCGUCAGGUACAGAGAGACUGUUACCCCCAGAGACGUCGAUCCCACACUAUCCCCCCCGGUACCAGGAGAGACUGUUACCCAGAGACGUCCGACUCCACACUAUCCCCCCGGUACCAGAGAGACUGUUACCCCAGAGACGUCUGACUCCCCUAUCCCUCUCCCGGUACCAGAGAGACUGUUACCCAGAAGACGUCUGACUCCCACACUAUCCCCGCCGGUACCAGAGAGACUGUUACCCCAGAGACGUCUGACUCCCACACUAUCCCCCCGGUACCAGAGAGACUGUUACCCCAAGGACGCCGACUCCCACACUAUCCCCCCGGUACCAGAGAGACUGUUACCCCAGAGACGUCCGACUCCCACACUAUCCCCCCGGUACCAGAGAGACUGUUACCCAGAGAUGCCUGACUCCCACACUAUCCCCCCGGUACCAGAGAGACUGUUCCCCAGAGAGCUAACUCCCACACUAUCCCCCCCGGUACCAGAAGAGAAUGUUACCCACCGAGGACGUGCCUCGACUCCCACACUAUCCCCCCGGUACCAGAGAGACUGUUACCCCGAGACGUCUGACUCCCACACUAUCCCCCCGGCGCAAAAGGAGUACCAGAGAGACUUAGUUUACACCCCCCGAGACGUCCGUCUCCCCACUAUCCCCCCGGUACCAGAGAGACCGUUACCCCGAGACUCCGACUCCCACACUAUCCCCCCGGUACCAGAGAGACCGUUACCCCCGAGACGUCCGCUCCCAACACUAUCCCCCCCGGUACCAGAGAGACGUUACCCCGAGACGUCCGACUCCCACACUAUCCCCCCCGGUACCAGAGAGACCGUUACCCCGAGACGUCCGACUCCCACACUAUCCCCCGCACCGUACCAGAGAGACCGUUACCUCCCGAGACGUUGA